AUGGGCGACGCAUCUAUCCUCCACAUGCCAACUGCCCUCAUCUUUGGCGGCAACGGCAAAACCGCCCGCCAGCUGACCAGGAUCCUUCUGGACGCCGCCACGCCGUACACCGUUUUCAGCGUCAUCCGGAACCCGGACCAAGCCCCGGACCUCAAAGCCAUCGGCGCCAAGCCCCUCGUUCAAGAUAUCGCAACCGGCUCCGAGGCCGAUUUUAUCAAACUCAUUGAGGGAACCCGGCCCGACGUGGUAGUGUGGGCGGCCGGCGGCAAGGAUGCCGAAUCCGCCGCAGCCGUUGACCGAGACGGCGCCAUCCGCGCCAUGGAUGCCCUGGCCAAAGCCAACGUCAGAACUAAGCGCUACAUUGUCAUAAGCGCCCUCGACGUCCGCGACCGCGACAAUAAGCCCGUUCCGGACUGGUACACGGAGGCCGACGAGAAGCUCAGCGACCGCAUGUGGGGCAUCAUCGGCCCAAUCUUGCGGGCUAAGCUUGCCGCCGAUACGGAGCUGAGAGUAGGAAACGCAGCGAGGGGGCUCGACUACACCAUCGUGAGACCCGGUGGCUUGGGCGAAGGUCCCGGCGAGAACAGGAUUCGGGCCGGCAAGGUGGGAACCGUGGGCAUCAUCCCUCGUGAAGAUGUUGCCAGAGUGAUCUACGCAUCGAUCCAAAAUGACAAGACUCACGGACUUGCGUUCGACGUUUUGGGACCUGGAGAAGGCGACUCAACAGUUAAACAAGCGGUUGCGAGGGUAGCCAAAGAUGGUGAAGACACCUUUGAGGGUUACUACUAG